GGCGGCCGUUUGGCGCAAAGGGGCGGGGCGAGAGUACGUAUGCGCCGGAGCGAGGGCCCAGGGGAGCCGCUUUGGAGACAACCUUCCGCCUCCUAUUACCGCCCCCCUCCCCUCGACACCGGCUUCAACACAUCUCGGCCUAACAUCAAUUCCGGUGUAACCACUCGCCGAUACUACGCCGACCCUGAUUCAGCUCUAGCCCCUAACAUCAACCCCGACACCAUUUCCCCCCCACCCCACAAAGCUCGUCUACCGCUCAGACCCUGGGAGAGAACCGGAGAGCAGGAUGAAUCCAUACAAAGUUACCAUGGAAUCAAAGGCUGCUGCUUCAAAUCUUCUGAAUGCAUUGCAUUCUUUCUAUCAACUUGGCCAUCUCUGUGAUGUGACUGUCCAUACAGAGCACCUUGGCGUUCAAGAAGAGUUUGCAGUCCACAGAGCAGUGCUGGCUGCCUCUAGCAAUUACUUCAGAGAAAUAUUCCUCAGGGAUGAACUGUCUGAGAUAAAGGAAACAACGGUCACAUUGCAGGAUAUUUACACUGAGGAUUUUACCUCUUUUUUAGAAUUUGUGUACACAGCAAAAAUGGAGAUUGAGCCUCAGAAAGUAUACCGAAUGCAGGAUGUUGCUGAAAGACUGGAAUGUAAAGAUCUUGUUGAAGCCUGCGAGCAUCUGAAAGGUGAGCUAUCGGAGAAGAACUCGGAUAUGAAAGAGCAAGUUCGCCAAGAAUACCAGUUUGCUGAUAAACCUAAAAAUGCUUGGAAUACAACAAACUCACGGCAUCUGGACAGUCAGGAGAUAGAGAGUUCAUCCAGGAUUGUUGCUACACCAAUGAAAAAUAGACUUUGGAACAGACUAUCAAAAAAGAAAACCUUGGAUACUGGCCAACCACAGGUGGAACACUGCAAACAACAGGGAAGUGCAAAGGAACUUACUGAGUCAAUCGCUGUCAUUGAUCCUAGCACAGGAAUGGUCAAAUCAACUAACUAUACCACAGAAGAGAUGAACGAAGAAGAUGCAGAUACUGCUGGUGAUCUUGGUCAAAAAAGUGAUUGUAAAACUGAUUCAAUAAGCCAGGCAGAAUCCCAAAAAACGCGAAUUGUGAUCAAGAAAUUGCACUGUCUGGGAGAUGAACAUGAAAUACAUGAUGAGUUUGGCUCAGAGAGUAGCGAGCUGAAAAAAAUUACCAGGAGCAUGUCCAAGCGCUUACCUCAGAGUUACACUUGUGACAAAUGUCACCAGAUUUUUCAAUUCUUAAAACCAUAUCAAACUCACAUGAGUAUUGAGCAUGACAUUACUAUUGUCAUAAAGUAUAGCUGCAGUAUGUGUUCUCAGCUUUUUUCCAAUCAUCAGAACCUAAGGCAGCACAGACUGACUGUUCACAACAAUGAGCGCCCCUUUGCUUGUUCGCUGUGCGACAAGCGAUUUAAGCGGCAAAAGGACAUCAAUGACCAUGUUAGGAGAGUGCAUGAGAAGAGAAGGACUCCUCAGACCUGUCCUUAUUGUGACAAAAUUAUUAGUUCAAAAUGUGGACUCACUGUUCACAUCAGAACACAUACUGGUGAAAAACCGUAUAAAUGCCAGUUUUGUCCAGCAAGCUUUGCUCAACGAUCUGCUUACAACACUCACGUGAG